AUGACCCUCCAUCGUUUCUACCUCUUGCUGAUUGCAUCCAGCGUUUCGUCGUCGUUACCGCCAGGAGUGCACAGCCAAGCCGUGCGUGGCAAGGCUUCUAUGGCCGUGGAAGUGGAUGACGCAACCAUGAACAUGGUCCAGUACGAACUGGACGACCCCAAGUGUUUCGAGACGACCGACGAACUCCGCGACGCCGUGGCCCAAUACAAGAGCUCCAAGCAGUUUGAUCCAGAAUUGGCGUCGAAAUACGGUUGGCCCAUUGGACAGUGGUGUGUCUCGAACAUUGCCGACUUUUCCAAUCUCUUUGUGAAGCAUCGAUAUUUCGAUGAACCCCUCGACCGCUGGGACAUGUCGCAAGCGACGGAUCUCUCGGGCAUGUUUCAGAAUUGCCAUUGGUUCAAUCAUCCAUUGAACGAUUGGGAUGUCUCCAGUGUCACCAGCACCAGCAGAUUGUUUGCAUCGGCUCGAGCGUUUAAUCAACCACUCGAUCACUGGGAGACGGACCGCGUCAGAGACAUGUCAUACAUGUUCCUCCACGCCUUUUCGUUUGACCAAAACAUUCAAUCCUGGAAUAUUGGGGCAGUGAAGAACAUGGAAGGCAUGUUUCGCGAUGCGAGGAGUUUUGAUGACGCCAAUCUACAAUGGGAUGUCAGCCGUGUUGAGAAUACCAAAAUGAUGGUUUCUUCCAUACCGGGAGUCAGUCUCAACUUGAGAGGAGCACCACAACAACAAACAAUCAUUGCAACAAUGAAUGGUUGA